AUGGUGCUGGAGAAGAAAAGCUCCGCUCGUGUGGAGGCGGGGCAGAGAAGAGUGUUGGACGAGGCCACGAGACACAGACGUUUGACGAGACAGCUGGAGGCUCUGGAGAAGGACAACUUCCAGGACGACCCAUUGACGUCACUGCCUCCUGCUGGACCCACGGCCAGACUGCCGGCCUUUAGUGAGAUCGAAGAACCAGAGAAGAAGCGGCGGAAAACUCGAGGAGACCAUUUCAAACAGAGGUUCAGAAAAAACUUCAGCGCUUUGUUGGAGGAGGAGAACCUGAGUGAGAGGGCGGAGCCUAAUUACCUGUCGGCUGUGGCCCCGCCUCCGUCUGCGCCGCCCCGCCCAUUCUGCUGCGUGUGUGGAUUCCCCUCGCACUACACCUGCACGACCUGCGGAGGGCGAUACUGCAGCACCAAGUGUUUAGUGACGCACAGAGAGACCAGGUGUCUGAAGUGGACUCUGUGA